AUGCGCCGCUCCCGGUGUCCGGUGUCAGUCAGCAGCUGUUGAGACCAUGCACGGUAGAACCGGGACAACAGCCCCAGAAUAACCGAGAGGAACCGGGACCCACAACCAGAACUCUCACUCUCACACCGCGGCAGAGUUGUAUCUGGAGCUAACGGAGCUAGCAGGCUAACAGGCUGACUGACAGCUGCUAUCUAACGGGCUAACGGACAGGCCACGCCGCUCCACUCUCACCCGCUCUGACCCGGGUUAGUUAGCGGACCCACUGAACCAGCUCCAGCCGGACUGACCCGGGUUUCACCGGCUCCGGCCGAGGUUCAGAUACCUGGAGCUAACUGUCAGGAAUUCCGAUAGUCCUGCCCGGAUACACCGCUCGAACCCGGCUCGGUGCGGGGACCGGGAGCCACGAUGUUGAUCGCUGCAGUCAGUGGAGCCGGAAACUCUGCCAACACCGGAAAGAAACAGCGACGCAGAGGAAAGAAGCAUCGGAGAGUCCGUACAGACGAGAACCAAACUGACGAUCUUCAGACUCAGAAUCCUGACGUCAGUCGACUUCCUGCUCAAACACAAACAUCAUCAGUGAAUGAACUCACCCAAUCAGACGAUGACAUCACCACCGCACCCCCAGCCCCCCACACCUCACCCACCCAUCACCCCUACACCUCCCCUCUCCCUCCUCUACAUACAGCUGAGGUCGCUCCAAAAGAACCUCCCGAACCUAUCUCCUUAAAGGCCCCUUUGAUCUUCAACCAACCAGCUCCUGCCACUGCUCAUAGUCCUGUCCACACGCCCAGCCAAUCACAGGCAACUUCCAAGCAAAAUAUGUCCCACAAUUCCUCCAGAUCGCCUCACAGGACUGAGACAGAUCUCUCCGAAUCACCGCCGCCCUCACUCCACCACAUUACCCACAAUGCAACUCAGUCUCCAUCAGUGUCUUCCAAAGCCACUCCUACCCCAACGUUAAGCCCCUCCCAGCUGGACUCCCUCCUGCAGACCUCAGUGACUUUCACCUCCAGUGUCUCCUCCCACAUUUACUCCCCCCCUUGCUCCUCCACUACCUCCUUCCUUCACGCCCUCGACCCUCUGGGCCCUCCCUUUGGCCUGUCUCCUCCGUUGUCAUCAGCACAUCAUCAACUGACCACGCCCCCACCUGCCUUGAGUCCACCUCCGCCCGCGUUAACCCCGCCUCCCACUCAGCUGCUUGGCUCCGAUGACGAGGAACAAGAAGAUCCGUCAGAUUACUGCAAAGGAGGUUAUUACCCGGUGAAGACUGGUGACCUGUUUAACGGAAGAUAUCAUGUGGUCAGAAAACUGGGCUGGGGCCAUUUUUCUACUGUGUGGCUCUGCUGGGAUCUACAGAAGAAGCGUUUUGUGGCUUUGAAGGUCGUUAAAAGUGCUUCACAUUACACUGAGACGGCUCUGGAUGAGAUCAAACUGCUCAGAUGUGUGAGGGACUCUGACCCCUCCGACCCCUACAGACAAACAAUUGUCCAACUGAUUGACGACUUCAAGAUCUCUGGAGUCAAUGGAGUCCACGUCUGUAUGGUUCUGGAGGUUUUGGGUCAUCAGCUAUUGAAGUGGAUCAUCAAGUCAAACUACAUGGGACUUCCUCUGGUCAGUGUCAAGACCAUCCUGAAACAGGUGCUCCAGGGACUCGACUACCUUCACACCAAGUGCAAGAUCAUCCACACAGACAUCAAACCAGAGAACAUCUUACUGGACGUGGACGAUGUGUACGUCAGGAGGUUGGCCGCAGAAGCCACUGUCUGGCAGAGAGCUGGAGCCCCGCCCCCCUCAGGGUCAUCAGUUAGCACGGCUCCCAGGGAUCGACAGGGUGGCAAGAUGUCUAAGAACAAGAAGAAGAAGUUGAAGAGGAAGGCGAAGCGUCAAGAGAAGUUGUUGGAGGAGAGAUUCAUUGACAUACGGAAGCUGGAGGAGGAGGGUGGAGUUCAUAUACCUGACGAGACAGACACUAACUGUCCUCAUGUUAUCAAUGGUAACCACAGCUCCUCCGCAGCAGGUUCGACCUGCUCCUGGUUAGAGGUAGACGAUGGUUGUAAUGGCCACGCCCCUGGGCGUUUCUCCAGCCCUGCCUCCGGCCUAUCAGGUUUCUCCAGUUCUGUGAUGUCAGCGACGUCCGAGUCAGCACUUUCUACUCAGUCAGGAUACUCGAGUGGACGAGAAGUGUUCACGGCAUCAGAUUUUGUCCUCAGUCCUCUGGAUCCUCAAAACGCUGACAAGUUGAAAGUGAAGAUCGCUGAUCUGGGCAAUGCCUGCUGGGUGCAUAAACACUUCACAGAGGACAUUCAGACCCGACAGUACAGAGCUCUGGAGGUUCUGAUAGGAGCAGAGUACGGAACAGCUGCUGAUAUCUGGAGCACCGCUUGCAUGGCGUUUGAGUUGGCAACAGGAGAUUAUCUGUUUGAACCUCAUUCGGGAGAAGAUUACACACGAGAUGAAGAUCAUAUUGCUCACAUCAUUGAGCUGCUUGGACCCAUUCCUAUGCCCUUCGCUUUGUCUGGCAGGUACUCCAGAGAGUACUUCAACAGUAGAGGUGAGCUACGUCACAUCUCCAGUCUGAAGCCAUGGGGUCUGUUCGAGGUUCUCCUGGAGAAGUACGAGUGGCCGUUGGAUCAGGCGGCUCAGUUCAGCGACUUCCUGUCCAUGAUGUUGGAUCUGCAGCCGGAACGCAGAGCGACGGCGGCGCAGUGUCUUCAGCACAAAUGGCUGCAGACAUGAGCAGCGAUCACACAAACACACACACUGAUUUCAUACAGGCUGAAUUCAGAUAUUUAUUUAUGUUGAUCCUGAUCAACUCAGUUUUUUUAGAUGACAUCAGUCUGUUUGCAGAUGAUACACUACUGUAUUUGUACAACCACAGAUAUCUGAAUAAUCUCAGAGAUUUUUCUGUAAUCAACUAAAUAAUAUUUACCUGAGAAGAAAGUUAUGAAAAUUAUACCUGUGAUUUUAUUUAUAUUUUUACUAUCAUCAAAUGUUUAUUCUCAGAAAUAUCAGCAGCGUCAUUUGGUGCCAUAAGAAGUCAAAAGAACAACCUAAAUAUUUUAAUUCCGUUAAGGCGUCGUCUCUGAGCUGUGGUUCUAUUUAUGUACAACACUGUUUAGAGUCUGAACGAUUCAGGACCCCCCCCCCCCCCCCCCGCCAAUCACACACCAGAACAGCUUGGACUGUGAUUGGCUCUCCAUGAAACUCGUGAUGAGAGACAUGGUCCUCACAAUUCUGGACUUCACAAAAAAACGAAAAACACCCCGGCAUCUAGAUUCAGGCCCAGGUGGCUCCUCCCUGUUGACCUUGACCCCAGAUGUUAAGUGACAGUAUAUUGAUCUGAUCAAUUAUCAAUUAAUUAAAAACUGAGUCAGAAUUGUUUCUGCUGAUAUAUAAUGAAUUCUACCGUUUUCUAUCAUUUCUGCUUAUUUCUAAUGACUCCACUGCUUGGUUGAAUCCUGCUGAUUAUCACAGAUUUCUGUUGAACUGUUUCUACUGAUUCCUGAGUUCUGCUUUCUUCAUUUUGAAACUUGUCAUUUGACUGAAUUCUAUUGUUUUUCUGCUGAAUUCUGUCUUCUGCUGAUUUCACCUGAUGACUGCUCCUGUAUGAAACCUGUGAGAAUAUAACUGAUUGUUGGUUAUUGAUAAGGAUUUCUGAUCCUCCUCGAUGAGUGUACUGUAGCCCUCUCACCGACUGACCAGUCCUGAUCUCUGUAGCUGAGUUGUCCUCAGAUGACCUCUGACCUCUUCACCUGUUUCUGUUCUGACGAUUAGUGCCUUGGCCCCGCCCCUCCUACCUGUCACAUGACGUGUGUUUGAACAAUGUGUUCUGUGAAAAUAAAGUUUAAUCACAGAU